AUGAAAGUCAAGGCUGAUCGUGAUGAAGCUUCACCCUAUGCUGCUAUGUUAGCCGCUCAGGAUGUUGCGGAAAAGUGCAAGACAUUAGGAAUCACUGCUCUACACAUAAAACUGCGUGCAACUGGAGGCAACAAGACCAAGACCCCUGGUCCUGGAGCACAAUCUGCUUUGAGAGCGUUGGCACGUUCCAAUAUGAAGAUUGGCCGCAUUGAAGAUGUUACGCCUGUACCAUCAGACUCCACCAGGAGGAAGGGUGGUCGUCGUGGUCGCAGAUUGUAA